AUGGCGACCAACACGAACCGCUAUUCAGCGUACACCACCGCCUCGGUUGGGUCUGGUCCCGACGCUAAGAAUGGGGACAAGGCCGAAAAGAAGGAGCUAUGGAACACUAUGCUCUCUUCCGUGGCGAGCGGAAGGCGGCUACCAGAGAAGAGCAUCAUUCUGCUAGGCGGCACCGUCGACUCGCAGCGGGAGUUCUUCGAAUCCCUCUCUCACAACGAUCUCCGCCGCAAUCUCGACCGGAACACAGCUCGAGCCCCGCCUGUCGCAAACAGCUUCGCGCUUGGCUACACCUACUAUGACGUUCUCGACGCCGACCAGGAGGAUACACUCGCGCGCAUUUCCCUCUACACCCUCACGAGCCCAUCGCCCGCCUUUGCCUCGCUCCUCCAACCGCUGCUCACGCCUCAGUCGAUAUCGAAUACCCUGAUUGUGAUCUUGCUGGACUGGUCCCAGCCGUGGAAGUGGAUGCGGCAGCUCAGACAAUGGAUCUUACUCCUGAGGACAGUCCUGGUUUCGCUUAGCAACGAGUGCAAGGAAACCAUGGAAGAAGUUAUGCUGGCAUGGCGGGACCGAGGGCGGGGUGGUGGCACGAACCUCGACGGGACCGCAGCUGUGGCAACAGGUGACGGCGUGACGGAUCUCCCCUUGGGGCCAGGAGAGUGGGAGGAUGCGUUGGGUUUGCCUUUGUCCGUCGUUUGCCAGAAUGCCGAGAAGAUGGAGUAUUUGGAAAAGACACAAUCUUGGAAAGAGGAGGAGUUCGACAUUGUCCUACAGUUCAUGCGGACCGUGCUCUUGAGGCAUGGCGCAUCCUUAAUCUACACCACCCCCUCCGUUCCGUCACAACUCCCGAUUCUCAUCCACUCCAGCUUGGGGAUACACUCGCUCCUGAAGAAGCAACCACUCAAACACAAUGUUAUCGACAGGGACAAGGUCGUCAUCCCGCCCAACUGGGAUUCGUGGGGCAAAAUCCGAGUGCUCAGGGACGGUUUUGACGUCGAUUUGGUGAGCACCGGCUGGACGAUCGAUUUGGACCAGCCAGCACCGCUGCCCCAUGCCAACGGUGUCGACAACGACGACGAAGAAGAAGACCAAGCAAACGGGAUAGUCGAGCGGCCAGACGAACCAGAUGGGUCCACUGUCGGCCUGUAUGAAGAAUCCGUCCAGGAUCCCACGAUGGAUGCCCUCCAACUCGCGGGGCGCGAUACCCAAUCCACAGCACUCGAGGUCGAGACGAUAGACACCCAGACCUUCCUAGGCCAGCAACUCAAAGUGCUGGAUGCGUUCAAGCAAAAGAACGAAGAGACCACACGGGAAGACUCCCGGCACAAGCCUCUCAAGCAGGGCAAGGUGCCGGACGAUGAGCAUCUCGUCGAUCCCGAAGGUGGCAAGCCGGACGCGAGGGUGUUGGAGCACAUUGGCCCCGUGCAGUUCAACAUGGGUGGUAUCCAGGUCGAUGCCGAUGACAUGGUGCAGCGGCUGAAGGACCGCCAAGGGUUAGGUUCUUCUUCCCGCCCUGACAGCCCUGCGGCGGAGGACGGAGUCGAACCAACCAGCCACAUGGAUACAGAGAAUCUACAGGCCUUCUUCCAAGGCCUGAUGAACAACCGCAGAGGAGCCAAGUAA